GCUCCCGGCGCUCAGAGGCGGGGGCGCUCUCUCCCGGGCCGGGGGCGUAGACCAAGAGCCCGAUCUCCGAGUUGCGCUGCCCCCAGGCCGGGCGCCGCGGUGGGCUCAGCCCGCUGGCAGUGAGAGCAACGCUAAAGGGGCUCGGGGCACAAGCGCUGUGAGAGCGGGACGGAGCCCACAGGCCAAGCUGUGAGGAACGUCCUGGAGCCCUGUACCUAGAGCUGGACCCUGAGGAGAGACCUUCGGUCGAGACUAGGACCAAGCUCUGACUGGGAAGAGAAGAGACCACAGAAGAUACCACGGGCUAAAAAAUUAGGGAGAUCCUAAAACUCAAACAGCACCUAGUCUCCUGGCCCAACAAAAAAGCUAGUGAGGAGGAUCCCUGAGGUCCAGUUGGGCUUGGCCAUGCAAAGAGACUAGGCUCAACCAGCCCAGCCCCUGGUCCCCCGGCAUGAGACCCAGAGCAAUCGCCUCUGUCUCCUUCCUGCAGAUUUUCAUAUGCAAUGGACACCGAUCUCAGCUCCCAGGACAGGAAGGACCUGGACAAGUUCAUCAAAUUUUUUGCUCUGAAGACUGUACAAGUGAUUGUCCAGGCCCGACUUGGAGAGAAAAUCUGUACUCGAUCAUCUUCCUCCCCAACAGGCUCUGACUGGUUCAACUUGGCAAUCAAAGAUAUACCAGAGGUUACUCAUGAAGCAAAGAAAGCCCUUGCAGGACAGCUACCUGCUGUUGGACGGUCUAUGUGUGUGGAGAUCUCUCUCAAAACCUCUGAGGGAGAUUCCAUGGAGCUGGAAAUCUGGUGUCUAGAAAUGAAUGAAAAGUGUGACAAAGAAAUCAAAGUUUCCUACACUGUGUACAAUAGGCUGUCUCUGUUGCUGAAGUCUUUGCUUGCUAUAACCAGGGUGACUCCAGCCUACAGACUUUCGAGGAAACAGGGCCAUGAAUAUGUAAUACUGUACAGGAUUUACUUUGGGGAAGUGCAGCUGAGUGGCUUGGGAGAAGGUUUCCAGACGGUCCGUGUUGGAACAGUGGGUACCCCAUUGGGCACCAUCACUCUGUCUUGUGCCUACAGAAUCAACCUGGCGUUCAUGUCAACUAGGCAGUUUGAGAGGACCCCACCUAUCAUGGGGAUUAUCAUUGAUCACUUUGUGGACCGUCCCUACCCCAGCUCCUCGCCCAUGCACCCCUGCAAUUACAGAACGACUGGUGAGGACAAUGGUGCAACAUACCCAUCUGUGGAAGACUCCCAGGAAGUAUGCACUACCUCUUUCUCCACCUCCCCUCCAUCUCAGUGUGUUUUUACUGUCACUAAGGCACAUUUUCAGACCCCUCCUCCUGUGGUGAUGGACACCUUGAAGGUCCCUAUGAUGGGACUGGCCUUUUCACAUCAACUCUCCAGUUCUCGUCUUUCCUAUCAGCCUGCUGCCCUGGGAGUUGGAUCAGCUGACAUGGGGUAUCCAGUAAUCUUUGCUGGUGGUUUGAAUGCGGCACAUCCUCAUCAGUUGAUUGUUCCAGGGAAGGAGGGUGGGAUACCCCCAGUUCUUAGCCAGCCAGCGCAUGGCACUCAGGCUGACCAUGAGAGGAUGGCAAUGUGCACUCCUUUGGAUGGAGCCCUCUACUCAGCAGCUACUCCUUCCAGUAGUGAGGACACGGAAACAGUAUCAAACAGCAGCGAAGGGAAGAGUGGUUCCCCACAUGACCUCCUGGAGACCAUCUUUGUCCGGAAGGUGGGGGCCUUUGUCAACAAACCCAUUAAUCAGGUAACCAUGGCCAGCUUGGACAUUCCUUUUGCCAUGUUUGCUCCCAAGAAUGUUGAGCUGGAAGAUAAUGACCCCAUGGUGAAUCCUCCUGACUCCCCAGAUGUUGAGUCUCCUCUACAGGGCAGCUUGCACUCAGAGGGCUCCAGUGGCAGCAGCACCGGGAACACACAUGAUGACUUUGUCAUGGUUGACUUUAAACCAGCAUUCUCAAAAGAUGACAUUCUUCCAAUGGACUUGGGGACGUUCUACCGCGAGUUUCAGAACCCCCCUCAGCUCAGCAGCCUUUCCAUUGACAUUGGGGCUCAGUCCAUGGCAGAGGAUCUGGUAUGGGAAAAUUUUGGAUUCCUUACCAGAGAAGCUGGCAGUCCACGAGAAAAACGUCCGAGAGUUUGAUGCCUUUGUAGAGACUUUGCAGUAAAGCUGUUAUCUUAUUGCAGCAGCAGUGUCCUGCUUCUUGAGUACCUGGAGGAGGAAGCCCGCAAUGUCCGUCUGCUACUCUCUCUUUCGUGUGUCAUUUUCCUCUGCGUCUUGUGGGCUUUGUUGGAUCACCUCCCUCAAUAUUGGGUACAGGUUCAAAUGUCAGUCUCCUCAGCCAAGCCCCAGGAAAGUAGUUUUGGGCCUCUUUUCCUACUGGCAUUUGAGUUCUUAUCUAGAACACUAAAGAAAUCAAGCUUUGUUGUAGUAACCCAUUUCCCCGUCAGUCUUUGUUCUGUGUAUGAAGAGCUGCCAGAAAUGAGUUAGCAUCUGGGCCCCAGACGCUAUCUUUUCCUUGGGUCUGCAAUUGCACUUGAAGCAUAGAUAGCCUUGGCUCAGGACGAAGGGCCUGUGCACUGGCAGACUCAGCCAUCUCGAGUGCAGGACAUCAGCUCUUAGAAAUGGGGUGUUUCAUCCUGACUUCAAUGAGAGCACGUGGACUGCAAAGCACCAGGGGAUGUGGCAGUCUUUCCCGUUUAUGCUGUAUACAGUGCUGCCUCUAUAGAUACGUUCACUUUCUGCUUUGAAGGAAUUGGGUCUUUGUGCAGACUCUCUCCCUAGGGCCUUGUGCUGGGUGUGUCUGUCCAAAUCACAGGUUUGAAGCUACAGAAGCUGUGUGGGAAGGCUUUCUUGAGCAUAUGGACUGUGAUUGUGCUGGUGCAUCUGCAAGUGGCACCAGAGAGUAUGUUAAAUUUGUAGUUGCUGCUCUUGAAAUGUAGUUGUAAAUAUAAAUAGGAAUUCUGUAACUCCAGGGUUAUGUAACUAGCCCUCUUUGUCCAAGGAUCUUUCCUUUUCUCUGCAAACCUUGCUGCUCUAUGGUUAAUAUAUAAGAAACAGGAAAUAUUUAUUGCUUUUAAAGAAACCUAUAUUAAAGUUACAUUUUGACAUACUAGGGCGGGUCAUUCUGUCCUGUCACUGCAGGCAGCCAUUGUGCCAUGGAGCCCUGGUCCAUGACAUGUCUGCCUUUGUUGGGGAAAAUCCAAGAUAUUUAUUUUCAGAGACACUUAUUUACUCUAAUACAGUGUUCUGUGCUGGGGGCUUUUUCCAUGGCACCCAGCCAGGGCACAAAUGUAAUAACAUGCACAUGUUGGUGCAACAGAGUGGCAGGGACUUCCUGAAGAGCUACGUUCCGACAGGCUUGGGAAAUGAACUUGUUCUGUUCCUUAGCUGUCCGGGAGGCAGCUUGUUCACAGAAGCACACUUUUGAAAAGUUGAUGGUACUCUCUUUAAUCCGCUGGCUUAUGAUUAGCUAAAAGUUUAUUUUUGUAAUGGGCUGCUCUUGAGCAGCGUGAUUGGUUGGCAGUGCUCUGUGUUUGUUCUGCUUGUUGUGUGUCCUUUGUCCCACCUGAGGAAGGGAGAUACUGUGUACUGGCACUAAGCAGGAACUUGAAAUUGGGCUUGUGCAAAUCUUUGCUCUUCAGGCACCUGUAACUGGGCUGAGUAACCGAAAAGACUCCUGCGAGUCCCCCAGCUAUCCUCAGACAGUGUUUCGGGGGCGGGAGAGAGAGAGGAGGGGAAGAGUUCUCUGUCUUGUGAGGAUCCUUGCUAGUUUCCUUUCCACUGGUGGAGUAACCAGCCUUAUGAUCCAAAAGGCUGAUGUGGCUUCCUCCAGAGUUCAGCACAAUUCCUUAGACUGAAAAAGAGGCUUGCUAGAGAAUGACGUGAGACCUUGGGUUACCAUAUGACCUCUGCAGCCCUCCGUUCUUGCUGCUCUGAAGAUUCCCAGGGUGCUACCAUGUUGUUCUUUUGCUUUCCCAUCCCUUGUGGUGACCGUCAUUUGUUGUAUAUGAUCUGGGGAAGUGCUUUAGUGUAUGUUCUAAAGCAAUGGGUAGGGGUUUUAUAAUUUCUUGAAACUGCCAACUCUCCCUUCCCAGGCCCCCCUCACCCAAUCCAACUAACUCUCAUAUAGAAAGGAUCCUUGUUUUGCAAGGAGUAAUCCAAUCACCUGUCUGCCCCAGUGCUGAAAAGCAUCCCAGUGAAGUGAAAUGUUGGAGAUAAAAAAAAUCCCACUGUCCCUGUAAAUAGCACUGACUAACAGAGCUUCAAAGCUCUUGCUGACAAUUUCCUUACAAACCUUCCUGUGAAGAAGGCUGCAUCCCCACAGUACAGCUGUGGAAACCAGACACACAGGGGUCAAGUGAUUUGUCCAAAGUCACAUGGUGAGUAAAUGCUAGGUUCAUCAGCAAUAGAACCCAGAUCUCCUGACUCCCUUUAAUCAGCUGAUCAUUCUCCAGAGUCUUGUAGUAAGCUGCAUGUGGAUGUGCUCUGGUUCCCUGCUCUUUAACUUUCAGGCUAUGCCUGGAGGAGCUCUCCCAUUAAAGAGUUUCAUAAAGGUUAGUAAGCUACUGGCAUGCAUUGUCAGGACUGCUAGGAAGAAGCAAAUAGGCAUUCUUGGUGGUGACCCUUUCUUAGGCAGCAUUGCUUCUGUAGUUCUUUCUCAGCUUUGCACUGAACUGCUGUGGUAUCCACAGAAGAUGAGCUAUUGCUGUCCCAAAAGCCUCCAGGGCCUAGUGUCUGUGCUCGGGUCAUUUUCAUGUGACUUCAAGAUCACAGCUCCUGUAUCUCACAAGGCAGAACUUGUGCACCACAACCAGGUUUCUAUUUAAUGCUACCCCGUGGAAAUCUGCCCAGAUGGGUUGAUAAGAUAUAGCUUGAUAGCUACAGCAAUAAAAGGUUUCUCUUGGAAUGAGGUGUGUGCUUAUUCCUGGGCAAUCCUGAGUUUUGACACCUCCAUUCCAGAAUCUAGGCUCUCAGCUCUGUCUAAUCAACUCAUUAGAAAUGACUGGCUCACAGCACUUCUGCAAGAGGAACCUAGCUGCUGAUGCUGUGGCCUGCUGUAGAAUUUAAUAGUGAAUGUCAUAAUUUUAAUAGCCAUCUGCUUAGUCCUGUACUAUGUCAAGGAAGCUUGUACAUAGCUGAUGGCCUACAAAUGCUUUGGGUGAAGGGUACUAAAUUGCAUUGUUUUGGCAAUAGUCUCCAAUGCACUUCAUGUAUUCAAAGAAUUUCCAAUAAAAACUUUUAUGUAAGCAACUCUUAA